AUGGCCCAGACCCAGCAGUCCGCGCUCAUGGAGCAGCACAACAAGGCCGUCGCCCGCAUUCAGGAACGGGUCAAGCACUUCUACGCCGAGAAGAAGCCCUUCCGUAUCUACCAUGGCUCGACCAGCUCGACCCGUCCCAUGUCCUUCACCCGCGAUGAGAUCGUCGACACCAGCGACAUGGACCGCAUCUUUCCUGUCAACAAGGAGACCAUGACUGUGCAGUGCGAGCCCAAGGUCCCCAUGGACGUCCUCGCCGCCCACUGCAUCAAGGAGGGUGUGAUCCCCAAGAUUGUCAUGGAGUUCAAGGGUAUCACCGUCGGCGGUGGAUUCUCUGGCUUCUCCGGAGAGAGCAGCAUGUACAAGUAUGGUCUUUUCAGCAACACCGUCAGCGAGAUCGAGAUCAUCCUUGGUGACGGCACCCUCGAGACUGCCAACCAUGAACACAACGCCGACCUCCUCGAGCACGCCGCCGGUAGCUUGGGUACCUUCGGUAUUGUCACCCUGUGCACUGUCGAGCUUAUCCCCGCCCAGAAGUACGUCGAGGUCGAGCUGCAGCUUGUCGAGGAUGUCGUGACGGCCCACGGCAUCUUCGAGGAGAAGACAAGCGACGAGUCUAUUCACUUCAUUGACGGUGUCUACUUCAAGAAGAACAGAAUCGGUGUCAUGCUGAGCAGGUUCAUUGAUACCCUCCCCAAGGGCCAGCGUGCUCUCAAGAAGAUGGAGGUGCACUGGUUCGCCGACACCAUGGAGGCUCACCUCGACAAGAAGCCCACUGGCGAGAACCCCGCCAAGAUCUACAUGACUCUGACCGACUACCUCUUCCGCUACGACCAUGGUGCUUUCUGGGGUGGCAAGCUCGCCUUCACCCACUUCGGCGUGCCCCAGAACUUCAUCACCCGCCGUCUCGCUGACCCCUUCAUGGACAGCCGUACCUGCUACCAGGCCCUGCACAAGUCCGGUCUGGCCGACGAGUACGUCGUGCAGGACUUCGGUAUCCCCUCCAGCACCGUCGCCCAGUUCGUCCAGUUCGUCAACGAGACCCUCCCCGAGCUCCAGAUCUUCCUGGCUCCUUGCAAGACCGCUCGCGAGAUCGGCCUGACUGCCCGCUUCAACCCCCGUGUCGCCGAGGUCGCUGACCAGCGCAUCUUCGCCGUCGGUGUCUACGGCCGCGGCCCCGACAACCACGAAGCCUUCGUCGAGCUCAACCGCAAGCUGGAGCUGCGCAGCGCAGAGCUCCUCGGUGCCAAGCUGCUCUACGCACGCACCUACUACACCGAGGACGAGUUCUGGACCAUCUACGACAAGGACGUCUACUUUGAGAUCCGCGCCAAGUACAAGGCCGACACCCUCCCCACCAUCUACGACAAGCUCAAGGCCGACAUGUCCACAGGCGCCGGCAAGCGCCGACCUCACCGUGGUAUCCUCGAGACCAUGUGGAGCAAGGUGACCGGCAACAAAGAGUACCUCAUGAAGAAGUAA